AAGUUCUGGCAAGUAAUUAAGCAUAUGUUUUUUAAGAUGGUGUCUUUUCAAGGAGUUGUGGUCCUCCUUGCAUCAGUUUUGGUGGCUACAGAUGCAUCCUGUUGGUUUAGUCCUAUCAAAAACGAAACAUCCUUUUUUGGUUCAAAGAGGUUUUAUUGUGAGUACUCAAGCCAUGCUGAGCCGACAGAUAACCAGACGUCCUUGAGCAAUGAUACGCGCGUGCGUAUAAACGUGACGGUUGGUUCCACGUUUGACACGUUGGACUGUGAACACUGCCAGUGUCGACGGGACGGACUUCAUUGUUGUGGAACUGGAUUUUACGCGGGAACGUUCCAGGUACCAAAGAAAUGUGACGUUAUCCCAGAUGGAUGUGAGCCAAUCAUUGUCCUAGCAGAGGAUCACAAGCUAAAUUGUUUCACCAAAAAGCCAAUCAGACCAAACCAGUACGGGAUGAUGCAUGUUAGCAAUACGGGACCUGAGAGAAUGGAUAAGAUUGUCCGCCGUGUGUUCCAUUCUUCUAGUGGUGACUCCGAAAAACCUAAAGUCAGGACCCAGCCAAUGGUAGUGGCAAACAGACAAAACAGUCACUGGCCGGACAACUUCCUUGGAGACAUGGUUACCAUGAACCCCUCCGUUUGGCCAAUUCAAAAUCAACCAAGGUCAUCGUCAAACUCAAGAUCCUUUCGUGUCUCCUCUAGAUCCGACAACACUCCUGUAGGACAAUCUUCCAGGUCAGUCCUUGUGCCUUCAGGUUCCCCGAUGGUCUGGCCAAUUUCCCAGGAUCCUCAGACAACGUUUUCAAGGUCUAUCUCAAUGAGGAGAACUAACGAGGCAUUCCCGGAAUCUAAACAGGAAGUUGUUCCCAAGCAAAACGCUGACAAACCAUCCACAGACAUGGAACUCAAUCGGCUUCUAGCAAUGAAACUUCUUGGAUUGGCUUAGUGAAUUAUUAAAGUAGAAGUGUUGAUAUUGCUAUUAUGAUAAACGGAAUAUUAAGAGCUAUCACUAACUCAUAUUUAGAUCUACAAAUUUACAAAUUAGCACCAGCUUUGCUGAAAUUUGCGAUUGCAAUGUCUGUGAUAACUAUAGUGUUUAUGAUAUAACAAAUAUUAAUUCUAUGUAUAAGUGACCCACUCUUCGAACGCUAUAUAGUAAUAUAAUGUGCAUUCCUUGUAAUGUUUACCAUGCCACCAAAAACCAUGAAUACAAUUACAUUGUAAGCUAGUCACAGCCUACAAGACACGGUGAUAAACUUUUUAAUGACGUUCUGUGUGCUUCUGGAUAGGUGACAAAUGCCUUCCAGUGUUUUAUACAGCUAGUGAAUCCUGAAUGAACCAAUGACCGGUCGGGAAAAUUAUUGUUUCCGUUAUGAAUAACUUCGUUUGCUAACUAAUAAAGGAAUUAUUU